AUGGCCUCCGUGGUGCCCGUGCGGCCAGGGGGCGGGGGCAAGGGCAAGGGCAUGGGCGAGGGCCCCGAUCAUCAGCGCCCUGCAGGAGGAAAAGGAUUCCUUCGAGGCCGUCACCUCUGCGACACCAUCACGCUCCCGCCCACCAUCCAGGACGCCCACAGCAGCCAGGACGUGGAGGUGAGGGAGGGCGAGGAGGCCAGACUGUCUUGCGGAGCCACGGGUACGCCCACACCCACCAUCCUGUGGCGCCGAGAGGAUGCCCGCCUCAUCAGACUGCCCGGCGGCCCAGAGCCGAUGUGGCGAGGCAGCACCCUGGCGGUGAAGCACGCGAGGCGGGAGGACGCCGGGGCCUACUUGUGCAUCGCUAACAACGGCGUUCCUCCCUCGGUCAGCAAGAGGGUCCGGCUUAACGUGCGCUUCGAGCCCGUGGUGCGUGCGGGCGUGCCGAGUGUGUCGACUCUCCUGGGCGGCUCCGUCAACAUCUCCUGCUUCGUGGACGCGUGGCCGACGCCGACGCUGCACUGGGUACGCGACAACGGGGACUCCGUGACCAGCCAGCCCUACGUGUACCAUCUGCAUGACCGCGUCCGUGAGGUGCAGAAAUACGUCACGAGCGUCACGCGGAUCAACGACACGCAGCACGUCAUGAGCCUGGGCAUCAAUGACAUGCAGACGCAGGACCUCUUCGGCUACCGCUGCCGCGCCAACAACAGCGAGGGCGCGGCCGAGGCGCGGGUGCUGGUCAAGGCGCACCACACGCUUCAACACAAGACACAGACUGGAGGUGCGCGAACCACAGCAACCUCUCCGUCAUUUUCAUCAUGCUUAACCACAUUAGACAAAGACUUUCGCGACUGUGCACUGCCGAAUUUGGUCUCCUCUCGCACCCAUGUUGUCAUACUAGAACUAGAUCCGAACCACCACCACAACGACCACGACCACCACCACCACCACAACCACCACCACCACUCCGCCGGCUCCCACUCCGGACGACUCGCUUAUGUGGAGGCCGGGAAUAGAACCUUAACAGCCCUCCCUGCCCCCGCCCCCCCCAUGAGCCGCAGAGGGCGUGACCUUCGGGCCGAGUGA